UAGCCGAUAACUCCGAUGAGCCGAUCGAGCCGUUCGUAACAAGCAUAAACAGGAACUGAUCACUGACUUAGUGGUUAUCAUUGUAAAAUAUCAUUGUAAAAGUUGCGUCGUAAUUUUGGAAGUGUAACGAGGUAAAUUGACGUGGCUGAUUGCCUGCAUGUGAUUAUGGGCCAAGCUCAGCCCGAGCAGGGUAACAGUAGCCUUUUUUUUGGGCAAACAAGCCGUGCUGUUAGUGUGUCUUCUUGGAGCUGGAGAUCAAUCGAGGUGCCCAGCAGCGAUUCAUUCAGCAUGAACCAUGGUAUUAAGUCAAGCACUGCUGGCAACAACACAAGCAAUAGCGGUAGCGGCAAUAGAGUAGACGACCAAAAAACAAAAAUUGUGAGUAUGGAGGAGCCAACAUUAUCGCAAAGCUUGCCGGACACCCAGAACUUCGACUCUCAGUGCUGUACCCAAUCUGAAGAUACAACUGUCGAGGUCAACUCUGAGCAUAUCUGGGGCCGAUUGUGGCCACUGGACAAUGAGAUUAUUCAAUUUGCAACACUGAUUUAUUUUUAUCUUUCAGAAUUAAUAAACGAUGAAUUUUCAUUUGGACGUUUUGGAGAUUGUGAUGUUUGUGUGAAAGAUAUGUUACCACAUUCAAAGGAAUUGAGUAUUAGUAAAAUUCACUUUAGAAUAUUCAGAGAAAAGUGUGAAACCUCUACUGGCCUUGAAGAUGGUAUUAUUUAUCUCAAAGAUGAAAGCCGCAAUGGUACCUUUGUUAACAAUAAACUUGUGGGUAAAGGAAAAACAGUUGUAUUAGUUAAUAAUGAUUUAAUAGCCACAUCCAGAACUUCGUUUAAAGUGUAUGUUUACAUGAGUACCAGUGGAUAUGAUGAUUCUUUUUUAUCAGAAGAACUGAAAGACAAAUAUGCUGUAUCAAGGACACUAGGUGCUGGAGCUUGUGGAGAAGUAAAGCUGUGUUUUUCUAAAAGUGGGUUGGAUGCAGGCAAAAAAUAUGCAAUGAAAUUGAUAUCAAAAAUCAAAAUGGACGCGACUGGUCACAAAAAUUCAUUUACUGACGGAAAGCAUACUAUGAACGAAGUGGACAUAUGUAAGAAAUUGAAACAUCCAUGUAUUAUAAAGAUCGUAGAUUUUUUUGAUAGUCCUUCCAUGGUAUAUAUCAUAUUAGAACUAAUGGAAGGUGGAGAACUUUUUGAAAGAAUUAAGAAAAAAAAUGGAUUAUCAGAAGAAAAUGCCAAAUUUAUUUUUUAUCAAAUUGUGUUAGCUGUUAACUACCUUCAUGAAAACGGUAUUACACAUAGAGAUUUAAAGCCAGAGAAUAUUUUAUUGUCAGAUGACGCAGAUGAGACUCAAGUAAAAGUUUCUGAUUUUGGUUUGUCCAAAUUUGUAGAUUCUCAAACAAUGAUGAAAACGUUAUGUGGCACUCCUAUGUACGUUGCACCUGAAAUUUUAAUAACAGGUGGUAAAGGGAGUUACAGCAGUAAAGUCGAUGUUUGGAGCUUAGGAGUGAUUUUGUAUUGUUGUUUAAGUGGACUCACUCCAUUUAGAAUGCAUGACAAUAAUCUCUCGUUGUAUGAUCAAAUUAAGAAUGGAGUCUACAAUUUUCAUUCUUCCAAAUUCUUUUCUGUUUCAUCUAGUGCUAAAGACUUGAUAAAAAAAAUGAUGACAGUUGAUCCAUCUAAGAGAAUCUCUACAACAACUAUUCUGAGGCACCCUUGGUUAAAUGAUUCAGUACUUCGAACCAAAGUUAAUAAAUUGCUGGGGCUUUCAGACUGUGAAAAUAUUUCACCAAGUAGUGUCAAUAACAUCCUUCCUAAUAACUUUUUUGCAAAUAAGCGGGCGCGCAUGGAAUGAUACAUUAUUUCCAACAUAAUGAAACAUUUAAAAAAAUUACAGACAUCUUUAUUUUCUGGUCUAUUUUUUUGCACGCAGUUUAAAUA